AUGCGCAUGCGCGGCCGAUCUGCACAUGCGCAAUAUUCGCGCUGCCGCCGCUGUCCCUGCCUGGUUGAGGUGGCAGCAAGGGGCGGGACGCGCAGCGCUAUGGCCGAGGGCAGCGGGGAAGUGGUCGCAGUGUCUGCGACCGGGGCUGCCAACGGCCUCAACAAUGGGGCAGGCGGGACCUCGGCGACGACCAACAACCCGCUGUCGCGCAAGCUGCAUAAGAUCCUGGAGACGCGGCUGGACAACGACAAGGAGAUGUUAGAAGCUCUCAAGGCACUUUCAACCUUUUUUGUUGAAAAUAGUCUGAGAACUCGAAGAAAUUUACGUGGAGAUAUUGAACGUAAAAGUUUAGCCAUCAAUGAAGAAUUUGUAAGCAUUUUCAAGGAAGUGAAGGAGGAACUUGAAAGCAUAAGUGAAGAUGUUCAAGCAAUGAGCAACUGCUGUCAAGAUAUGACAAGUCGCCUACAGGCAGCAAAGGAACAGACUCAAGAUUUAAUAGUAAAAACCACUAAGCUUCAAUCUGAAAGCCAAAAAUUAGAGAUAAGAGCACAAGUCGCAGACGCCUUCUUAUCCAAGUUCCAGCUGACUUCUGAUGAAAUGAGUCUUCUCCGAGGCACAAGAGAAGGACCCAUUACUGAGGAGUUUUUCAAGGCACUUGGAAGAGUAAAACAGAUUCAUAAUGAUGUCAAAGUUCUCUUGCGUACAAAUCAACAAACGGCAGGUUUAGAAAUUAUGGAACAGAUGGCAUUACUUCAAGAAACGGCUUAUGAAAGACUUUACCGAUGGGCUCAAAGUGAAUGCAGAACAUUGACACAAGAAUCAUGUGACGUAUCUCCAGUAUUGACACAGGCAAUGGAAGCCCUGCAGGACAGACCUGUCUUAUAUAAAUAUACCUUAGAUGAAUUUGGAACAGCCAGAAGAAGUACAGUUGUUCGUGGAUUUAUUGAUGCGCUCACAAGAGGGGGCCCCGGAGGUACACCUAGACCAAUUGAAAUGCACUCUCAUGACCCAUUGAGGUAUGUGGGAGAUAUGUUGGCUUGGCUCCAUCAAGCUACUGCUUCUGAAAAGGAACACCUUGAAGCUCUCUUAAAGCAUGUAACUACACAAGGUAUUGAAGAAAAUAUUCAAGAAGUUGUUGGGCAUAUCACUGAAGGUGUGUGCAGGCCUCUAAAGGUUCGAAUUGAGCAAGUAAUAGUUGCUGAACCUGGGGCAGUUUUAUUAUAUAAAAUUUCUAAUCUUCUCAAAUUUUAUCACCAUACAAUCAGUGGCAUUGUUGGAAAUAGUGCAACUACAUUGUUGACUACCAUUGAAGAAAUGCAUUUGCUAAGCAAAAAAAUAUUCUUCAAUAGUUUGAGUCUUCAUGCAAGUAAAUUAAUGGACAAGGUUGAACUCCCACCACCUGAUCUUGGACCAAGUUCUGCACUAAAUCAGACACUAAUGUUGCUGCGUGAAGUUUUAGCAUCUCAUGAUUCUUCAGUUGUACCAUUAGAUGCUCGUCAAGCUGAUUUUGUGCAGGUUUUAUCAUGUGUCUUGGAUCCUCUCCUACAGAUGUGUACUGUAUCAGCCAGCAACUUAGGCACAGCUGACAUGGCCACUUUCAUGGUCAAUUCACUAUAUAUGAUGAAGACAACAUUAGCUCUAUUUGAAUUCACUGACAGACGUCUGGAAAUGCUACAGUUUCAGAUUGAAGCACAUUUGGACACACUUAUAAAUGAGCAAGCCUCUUAUGUUUUAACUAGGGUAGGCUUGAGUUGCAUCUAUAACGCUGUACAGCAACAUAAACCUGAACAGGGCUCUUUAGCUAAUAUGCCCAACCUAGAUUCUGUGACACUGAAGGCUGCAAUGGUAAGUGUAUGA